AUGGAGCAAGUCAAGCUUCUGAGGCGCCGCACGACGGACCUGCUCGCCCACGCCCAGCAAAACAUGGCCAGCACCCAGCAGAGCCUCCUCAGCCGCGCCCAGCAAAACAUCCCCGCGCUGUCGAUGCCGCAGUUUGAUCUGCGUCGUCUCAACCCCGCCGCCGCUGCCGCCGCCGACCCCGGACCCCACGGUACCUGGGAGCGCAUCGACGACGACGACGACAUCCCCGCGCUACGCCGCUCCGCCCACUCGCUCGACAUCGUCGCCGGCUGCGCCUACAUCUUUGGCGGCGAGCUCGCCGACGGGCUCGCCGACAAUGACAUGCACGUCGUGCGUCUUCCCGCGAGCGGCGCUAGCACCGACUACCUCCGCAUCAAGGCCGUCCCCGAGACGCCAGACGAGCCGGCCGCCGACGACGACCGCCAGACCGCAGCGUCGGUCGCCUCUUCCGACGCCGGCCACAGCAGCCCCCGCAGCAAGGGCAAGGGCAAGGAGCGCGCCAUGGAACUCGCCCGCCCGGUUCUGGCCGACGUCCCCGCCCCGCGCGCCGGCCACGCCACCGCCGUCAUUGGCACCCGCAUCUUUCUCUUUGGCGGACACAGCCACGCUUCUUCCUCCUCCCCCGACAACGACGACGACGACGAUCACACCCCGCCGCCGCCGCUCGACGAGGCCGGCCGCGUCUGGGUCUUUGACACGCGCACCCGCGCCUGGAGCCACCUCGACCCGGCGCCCGCCGUCACCGGCGGCGCCAUCACCAUCCACCCCGCGGCGCGCAGCUUCCACUGCGCCGCCGCCGCCGACAAGCCCCGCGACUUUGGCGUCCCGUCCACCACCACCACAACCGCUAUCCCGACCUCGCCUCCUCUCCUGCCUUCGCCCGCCAGCCCCACGACGCUCCGCGCCCGCGCGCAGAGCUGGCGCGACUGGGCCGUGGCCGGCCAGCCGCAGGAGCCCGCCGUCGGACACGUCGCCGAGACAGCAGACGACGAGGAGUCGCGGGGCUACGGCACGUUUUUCAUCCACGCCGGCCGCCUCGCGAGCAGCGGCAGCGGCAGCAGCGAUAUCUGGGCCUUUGACGUCCACUCGCGCAUGUGGUCCGAGCUGCCGGCCGCGCCGGGCCCCGCGCGCGACGGCGCCGCCAUCUGCAUCAGCAAGAGCCGGCUUUUCCGCUUCGGCGGAGCCUCGACCUCCUCAGGCAGCGGCGGCGGCGCGCCGCUCGGCGGGCAGCUCGACUACCUGCCGCUCGAGGUGGAGACCAUGGACGACCGGCGACGCGGCGGCAGCAGCAACAAGAUGGUCGAGGUCGCGGUGCGCGCGCGCGACGGGUGGCAGACGAUUGCGCAGCACGCGACCAGCAGCUACAGCAGCACCGUGACGCCCUUGACGCCGCUCUCCUCGCCGCGGCGCGCAGCAGCAGCAGCACCCAUCGUCGUCGACGCCGAGGAGCACGCGUGGCCGUGCCCGCGCGCCGGCGCCACCCUGUCCGCCCUGACCAUGGGCGGCGGCCGCGAAGCGCUGGUGCUGGCCUUUGGCGACGCUGGCACCGGCAGCAGUAGCCGCCGGCGGCCGCUGGAUGACGUGUGGCUGUUUUGGGCCCCGCCGCAGGGCAUGUCGGCCGCGAGCGUGACGGCGGCCGUCAUGCAGGCCGUCGGGCGCAAGACGGGCGAGGGUCGGUGGGCGCGCGUGGCGGCGCGGCCGUACGACGAGGAUGAGCAUGCUGGCAAGGGGUUGCCGCCGGCGCGUGCCAGGCUGGCCGGCGCGCCGAUGAACAACCUCGAGGACAGCGGGCUUCUGGUCUGGGGCGGCGUGGGUGAGGACGGCGCCAGGCUCGGUGACGGCUGGGUCCUGCGGCUGUGA